UGACACCCCGAAAAACCGAGAGGGAGUGGAGCUUCCAAAGUGCGAUCGUUUUGACGUCUGCGUUCGCCCGAACUCGGCUUCAGUGUGUGAGACACGACCAAAACUACACCCACCUGAACGAGAAAUUCUUCUGAUUGUUCUGUGCCCAGAGAUUUCAGAGGAACACGCACAAAUGUUGGUCAUCUUCGUCGCAAUUUUCGUGCUCUUACUGACGGGCGUCCUUUGGUGGGUACGGCGAACUUUCACUUUCUGGAAUGGCAAAGGAAUCACCCAUCUUACUUUCUGUCAGUACAUGCGCUUCGCCUACGACAUCUACACCAAGCCACUGAAUGACGUAGUUACUCAGGCCUACUCAAAAUAUGGUCGUGUGUAUGG